GCCCAGACAUCGACGGAUCUCAGGCGAAUGAGCCCUGAAAGCGCUACCGAGCCCCACAAUGUCGCACUGCCGGGCCCUGCCCGUUGCCCGACGGCGGCAACCCAUUUGAAUCAGAGAGGUUGCCGCGCACUCUUUAGUAAUUCAAAACUAUUGCUCGAACGUCUGGCCCCUUCAGUUUCUCUCAGAUUCCCGAAAAUCAUCUCACGAUUUCUGGAUAAACUUGUACCCGCCGUACCAGAUGCAGGUCCAUUUCGCAACCCGGAUCCGAUUUCCAAACCCGUUCCUGAACCCUAAAUCAAUUCCUUUUCGAUCCGCGUCCCUGAGCGUCAUCCUCAACAAGCUCCAUCCUUUCCCCAACCAGAUCGCCGGCGUCCACCGGAUAUCCGCGGAAAUGGCGGAAACGGCUCGCUCGAACCCGAAGCGACCCGUCUGCCCGUCCUGCUCCAAGCCCGCACGCACCUGCCUCUGCGCUCGGAUCCGAUCUCCGGGCCUCGAUCACCCCGUCAGCGUCACCGUGCUCCAGCACAGCCUGGAGCGGGGGCACCCCCUCAAUUCCGCUCGGAUCCUGAGGCUGGGGCUCAAGCACGUCGCCGUCGCCGCCGUUUCCGACGUCAACUUCGGCGCCGAGUUCUCGAUCUCGCCGCUCGAGCGAGGCUCCGGAGUCGGCGCCGGUGGAUUGGUCGGUGUGGAUUUGGGUGCCCGAAACGGGGAGCAAUCGAGCGGAGCUCAUUGUCCCGGGGAUGAUAGGAACUGCGGUUUGAUUGCCCCGAACAAUGUCGAAGUUUCGGGGGAUUCCCCGGUGCAGCAGAACUCGCGCUCCCGUGGAGUCGUGUCUGGAGGUACUACUAGCGAACCUGUUAUCAGUUUUCGAAUGGACAAGAAGGGCAUUAUCAAAUCGAUAGACCAUAUUUGGAUGUCUCGAAUUGGUCACCGAGGGGCUGAUUUUGAUGCCGUGUUAGAUUGUGAGUCGGCUCGUGAUGUUCUGUCGAAUGGAUUUGUGGUUAGGAAAUUGCAAAAGCUUCCAUUGAAUCCAAGCUUGGAGCUCGAAGAAUGUGAGGAAUUCGUGCUCGAGGUGCCGCGCGGGUCGGUGCUUCUGUUCCCAUCCGAGAAUGCGCUAGGCAUUGACGAACUCAAGGCGACUGAGUUCGAAGUGAGGAACCUGAUUGUGCUGGAUGGCACGUGGACGAAGGCAAAGAGGAUGUACAGCGAGAAUCCUUGGUUGAAGCUGUUGCCUCAUCUGAAGUUGGAUUUGGAGGUGAUGAGCUUGUACGGAGAAGUUAGAAGUCAGCCUAAGGCUGGAUGUUUGUCCACUCUCGAGAGUGUCAUCUACACGAUGAAGGCGGUUGGGGGCAGUCCGGAGGGGCUGGAUCAACUGUUGGAUGUUUUCGAGUCGAUGGUCGAUGAUCAGAGACAAUGUAAAGACGAAAGAUUGGGUAAAUCCACUCCAGAGACUAUCUCUGCAGAUUCGACAGAUCUAAAAAGACGCUGGAAAUAGAGGAUGUAUACCUUGAAGAACUGCUUUAUAAACGGCAGGAUUCUUAGAUAGAAGACGCAGCACGAAAGUUAUAAGAACGGAUGAGGUAUCAUAUCCAGCAACCAUGACGGUCGUGAUAUUGUGCAAAAUUUCUUUGUCAGUCAUAACUCGUUCGUUUUCUUCAUUGCGCUUACUUAACAAGCACGUGAUCAAGUCUUGAUGUGGAGUUGCAGUGUGUUGCUCUAGUUUCACCUUCUUCUCUUGGACAACUUCCUUCAACAAAGCUUGGACCCUAGAGCUCGCACGGAGGCUCCGAUUGUAGCGCGUGAAGGGCAGUUUUACUGGUAUUGACAACAUUCCCUUCAUCAUUUCUUCAAAACUUUGCAAGAAUUUCUCUCUUUCCGCUCUUUCCUCCAUACCAAAGAGAAGAGAGCAUAUGAUGUUGAAUGUAAGGUUUUUCAUCAGGGGCAAUACCUAUAGGAAAAUCAAAACAUCAGUGUUACUUACUCUGCCUUUGUUUAUUGAAGAGAUUAUGCGCACUCUGAGUCUAUGCAUUCAUUCUCAUAGUCAAUACAUGGGAGGCCAUACCAGUGUGAACCACGGUCAUAUGAGAGUAUGAGUGCACACACCAUGUGGAUCUUAAAUUUAAUAUGCAUUGAAUAUAUCUCAAACAGAUCAAAUAGAGAGAUUACAUAAUACCCACAUACCGCCACUUUUUCCUUGCCCUGCCAGUGCAACUCGAUGUGCUUUCUGACUUCUUCAUCCAUUUUCCCCACGUACUGCUUCAGGGAUUCUGGUCUCAAGAAUGACACAAUAGAGUCUCUCACGCGUUUGUGAUCUUGGCCAGUGAGUUCCAUCAGAUUGCAGUCUCCCAGAAUCGCCCGGGUGGAUGAUGUUUGCUUGCUGGCAAUCUUGCUGCUGUCUCCGCAGAAUACCAACUUGUUUGCUGCUUGUCCAUGAAUGAACACCGUCGGUUUGCCGAAGAGAGUGAGCUUCGAGAUUGGUCCAUACUUCCUCACUCUUUCAUGGAGCCAUUCGUCUACCGUGUUUGUCCUCAGGGCUCGGAGCAGGCCAAAGCUUUGGCCUAUUAUGGGGAUUCCCAAUGAUCCCGGAGGUAGCUUUCUUGAUGAUCCUCUUCUUCUCCAGCUUAGCAGGAAGAGAACUGGUAGAAGAAAGAGAAGAAGAGUGAUCAAAAUGUUCAUUGUUGUGGGCGUGGGUAUGUGUGUGUGGGUAUGUGUGUGUGCAUGAUGAGGGGAAAGCAAGGGAAUUAUAGCACUAUUUUUGUCAGUUUGUGAACUAGUAUUUUAGGUGGUAGAUUCCUUCUGUAACGAGGGACGACGAUUACUAUGUUUUUUAUUUGGUCGGAAUUACGAUUACUAUGUUGAAAACGUACUACUUUGAUAAAAACAAAUGGCAUAAGAUUCUGCCGAUUUCAACAA